AUGGAUUUGAGUUACAAGCUGCGGGAGGAUUGGUAUCAUCAUGGAGAAGUAAUAUCAGGGGCUGACUGUAGAAGCAAUGCAAGUGAGAGGAACAAAGAGAUUUUAGGGUUAUACCAAGCAGCUGAGUAUCUUGAUGAAGAUUUUAUUAGGCAGCGUGAUCUAAGUGAGGUUGCUGAAGGUGAAGGUAAGGAAGAAGAUGAGUUUCUUGCUAAGCUAGCAGAUGCCGAGACACCUCUGUAUCCAAGUUGUGCUAACCACAGCAAGCGGUCGGCGAUAGUUUCACUCUUUAGGAUAAAGACACAGAGUGGUUGGUCUGAUAGAAGCUUCGAUCUUUUGCUGGAGACUUUGCCACAGAUGCUACCCGAGGAGAAUGUCUUGCACACAUCCUUGUACGAAGUUAAAAGGUUUCUGAAAUCUUUUGACAUGGGCUAUGAGAAGAUACACGCUUGUGUGAACGACUGUUGUCUGUUCAGAAAGGAGUUUGAGAAGCUAGACAACUGUCUGAAAUGCAAUGCUUCAAGAUGGAAGAUUAACAUGCGCACAGGUGAUGUGAAGAAAGGUAUUCCACAGAAAGUUCUGAGAUAUUUCCCGAUAAUUCCACGUCUGAAGCGGAUGUUCAGGUCAGAGAAAAUGGCGAAGGACUUAAGGUGGCAUUGUAGUAACAAGAGCACUGAUGGAAAAAGUAGACAUCUAGUAGAUUCUGUUACUUGGGAUCAAAUGAAUGACAAAUACCCGUUAUUUGCUGCUGAAGAAAGGAAUCUUAGGCUUGGACUGUCCACUGAUGGGUUCAAUCCUUUUAAAAUGAAGAAUGUGAACUACAGUGCUUGGCCGGUUUUGCUAGUGAAUUACAACAUGUCACGUGAGAAGUGUAUGAAGGAGGAGAACAUCAUGUUGUCAUUGCUGAUUCCUGGUCCAACCCAACCUGGAAACAAUAUUGAUGUGUACUUAGAACCACUUAUAGAGGAUCUAAACCAUCUGUGGGAGCAAGGAGAGGUCACAUAUGAUGCAUUCAGUCACACCACUUUCAAGUUAAGAGCAAUGCUUCUCUGGACCAUUCAGGAUUUUCCUGCGUAUGGAAAUCUUGCAGGGUGUAAGGUAAAGGGCAAAAUGGGAUGUCCUGUGUGUGGGAAAAACUCAGAUAUUAUGUGGCUGACUAAUUGCCGGAAGCACGUAUAUAUGUCCCAUCGGAAAGGUCUACCUCCGAGACAUGCUUAUCGUGGAAAGAAAUCAUGGUUUGAUGGGAAAGCUGAGCAUGGGGAAAAGGAGUCGGAUGAUGAAUCUAGUGAAUCAGAGGAAGAGGAGGAAGCAGUAGAUGAGGAGGAGCUAUCUCGAUGGAAGAAGCGGUCAAUCUUUUUCAAGUUACCUUAUUGGGAGGAACUCCCGGUUGGACACAAUUUAGACAUGAUGCACGUCGAAAGAAAUGUUGCUGCAAGCCUUAUCGCAACAUUGUUGCAUUGUGGAAAAUCAAAAGAUGGACUUAACGCUCGAAAAGAUCUUGAACUGCUUGGCAUUAGGAAGGAUUUACAUCCUCAACCCCGUGGGAAAAGAACUUACCUCCCUCCAGCUCUUUGGUCUUUGUCCAGCAAAGAGAAGAAAGUAUUCUGCAAGCGUCUAUCUGAAUUUCGUGGUCCGGAUGGUUACUGCUCAAAUAUAUCAAGGUGUCUGAAGAUGGAGGAAUGUAAGAUAUCAGGAAUGAAAUCACAUGAUUACCAUGUGUUGAUGCAACAGCUUCUUCCGGUUGCGAUUACAAGGUUAUUACCUGAAGGUGUUAGGAUAGCUAUUGGACGUCUGUGUGCUUUCUUCCAUCAUCUCUUUCAUCAAGGCAGGAAAGCUCGGUUAUGUGGACCUGUCCAUUUCCGUUGGAUGUACCCAUUUGAGAGGUACAUGAAAGUGCUGAAAGACUUCGUAAGAAACCCUGCAAGACCAGAGGGUUGUAUUGCUGAAGCGUAUCUCGCAGAGGAAUGUGUUAGGUUCUGCAGUGAGUUCUUGAAAAAGGCAACAAGUUAUGAGGAGAAACCUGAAAGGAAAACUGAGUUCGAGAGCAGCUCUAUUCUGGAGGGACGUCCAAUAUCCGCAGGCACUGAUUGUGUUCUUUCUGAGAAGGAUAUGAACAUUGUACAUCUUGCUGUGAUUCACAAUAUGGCAAUCGUUGAACCUUAUGUGGACAUGAACAUACAACAUCUACAGGACAUUAAUGAAAUAUGUAGAUGUGAUGCAACAACAUUAUGGAGAACCCAUACUCUGAAAUUUGCAUCCUGGUUAAAAGAGCAGCUACCAAUUACUUUACAAAAUCACGAGGAAACAUUGACGUGGUUGGCCUACGGUCCUAGUGCAAGCGCAAGGGCUUAUAGUGGCUAUAUCAUUAAUGGUCUGCGGUUUCCCACCAUUUCAGUUGACAGAGUGGUGGAGAUUCUACUGAUCGACUACAAUACAUUCUACAUUCCUGUAUUCCACUGCCAAUGGGCAAACAUAGGAAAUGGAGUGAAGGUAGAAGAUGGCUUCACACUAGUCAACCUGAACCAAAGCCAAAUGGCUUUUGCUAGAGAUCUAUACAUCCUCGCCUCACAAGCCAAGCAAGUAUUUUAUUCUAGAGUAGAUGAGUCAUCCAGUUGGUAUGUAGCUAUGAGAGGUCCUACAAGAAGAUACAGUGAAGACGAUUGUGAAGAUGGUCAUGCAGAUGUUGGUCCAUUGCCAGCAGUUGUAGCUAUGGAUGCUGAUGACUUGGUUGAUGAUUCUAGAAAUGCCAGGGAUGACUGUGAAGGAAUUUAUGUUUGA